AAUGGCAAAGCAAGGUCGCCCUUUUGCAAUCACCACUCUAAUAGUUGCAUUCACUAUUCUAUACUCAGGAAAUGCAUUGAAAUGUUAUCAAUGCAAUUCGCAAGAAAACAAGGACUGUACAGAAGGACCACUGUCAGAUGCAAUAAUUAUAGAAUGCGAAUCACCACCAUCGCAACCCACUACAACGACGAUUAUCCCAACGACGACCAUCAUGACAUCGACCACUACUCUGUCGACCAGUACAUCGACAAUUACUCCAAUUCCAUCAAUUAGUACAUCAACGACUACUUCAACUCCGUCGACCAGUGCAUCGACGACUACUCCGACUCCAUCGACCAGUACAUCGAGUACUACUCCGACUCCGUUGACCAGUGCAUCGACGAUUACUUCAACCUCGUCGACCAGCACAUCGACGACUACUCCUACUCCAUCGACCAGUACAUCGACGACUAUUUCAACCCCGUCGACCAGCACAUCGACUACUCCAACCCCGUCGACCAGCACAUCGACGACUACUCCGACUCCAUCGACCAGUACAUCGACGACUACUACAACCCCGUCGACCAGCACAUCGACGACUACUCCGACUACGUCAACCAGCACAUCGACGACUACUUCAACCCCGUCGACCAGUACAUCGACGACUACUCUGACUCCGUCGACCAGCACAUCGACGACUACUCCAACCCCGUCGACCAGUACAUCGACGACUACUUCGACUUCAUCGAGCAGUACAUCGACAACUACUCCAACCCCGUCGACCAGCACAUCGACGAUUACUCCGACUCCAUCGACCAGUACAUCGACGACUACUUCAACCCCGUCGACCAGCACAUCGACGACUACUUCGACCCCGUCAACCAGCACAUCGACGACUACUCCGACUCCGUCAACCAGCACAUCGACGACUACUUCGACUCCAUCGACCAGUACAUCGACGACUACUCCGACUCCAUCGACCAGUACAUCGACAACUACUCCGACUCCGUCGACCAGUACAUCGACGACUACUCCAACCCCGUCGACCAGUACAUCGACCAGUACAUCGACAACUACUACGACUCCAUCGACCAAUACAUCGACCAGUACAUCGACAACUACUACGACUCCAUCGACCAAUACAUCGACCAGUACAUCGACAACUACUACGACUCCAUCGACCAAUACAUCGAUAACCACCCAGACUCCGUCGGCCGGUACAUCGAUUAUUAUGUUGAAAAUAAAUGCGUUUUUUCUUUUACUCUUUCUCUUUCUUUCUCUGUCUGUCUUAUAAAAUUAAUAUUUUUUUAAAUUAAUUCUUAAAUUUUACACCCCGACCACACAAUUGUAACUUUCACAUUGGCGCAAAUUUGGCUUUUAUGUCUUUGAACGUAAAAGCCGCA